AUGCAAUUCUUCACCAGCUCCGUUUCACACUGUAUUAUUAAUUAUGACACCACAUGCGGUGAUAACAGAUACUUCGGUCCAACACAUUCAGACCCUGUUUAUAACAAACCCGAACCGGUCCAGCCGUCCCAGGAGCCGUUUAACGCGGGCACAAAGAGAAGAAACUCUAACGAGUACGAUGGAACGCUUAGCGGACAAACCUGUGCCGACAGCUCCAAGCGCUUAAAACAACAGUUUGGUGGUGCAGGCCAAGGGCUCGAUGCUAAACGUGUCACAUUUAACGGGAUGACCACAUACCACUGUGGAGAAAACGCUGCCAUGGGCGCUCAGGCUGCCCAGUUCGGAAUGAUGUCGCCAGAAGAACAGAUGCAUUACCAAAGCCAACUACAAUUUCAGCAACAGAUGCAGAUGCAGAUGCAGCAGCACGAAAUGCAACAGAAGGCCCUGAUGGUGUCCCACUUACAUCCUUCCGGCGAUGUUGAGCAGUACAUCAUCAACGGGUACCAGAUGAGCUACCCAGCGAAGUAA